UGCAAGAGUAGACUAUGAGAUUGGAAUUAAUUGUUUCGCGCCAUACUCUGACUACCUCGUCCUAAACAUAUCAUCUCCCAACACACCUGGCCUUCGCUCCAUGCAGAGGAAAUCUGAUUUGGAAAAGUUAUUACUGCAUACAAAAUAUGUGCUUGACCAAAUGAAACUUGAUUCGCCACCCAAAGUUUUGCUUAAAAUUGCACCAGAUCUAAUUGAAUCUGAAAAGAAGGAUAUUGCAAAGGUCGUUGUUGAUCCCAAAUAUGGAGUUGACGGUUUGAUAGUCUCUAACACCACAAUAUCUCGGCCAGGCAAUCUCCUUAGUGAUAAGCGGACCGAAAGUGGUGGACUUAGUGGAGCUCCGUUACGAGAGAUGAGCACUGAAUGUGUAAGGGAAAUGUACAGAUUGACUAAGGGUCAGAUGCCUAUAGUUGGAUGCGGUGGCAUUGCAAGUGGGAAAGAUGCUUAUGAAAAAAUUCGUGCUGGUGCUUCAGUGGUUCAGCUCUACUCAGCGCUUGCUUUCCAAGGAUUCCCAGUUGUAGGAAAGAUCAAACGAGAGUUGGUUGAACUGCUCAGAAAAGAUGGUUUUUCAAAUGUCACGGAAGCGAUCGGUGCCGAUCACCGGUUUUUAAUCACUAGUAGCAUUCACUAGUG